CGGACCCAUACCACCAUCACCUGUACGUCCAUCUCUCCAAUAAAUACCAAACGUGGGCUGCCCAUUCAGUCCUCACACCUUACCCAAUCUGGCCAACAGAUCCAUAAUUACAAUGGAGUUUAUUCAAGCACUGCUUCUACUUCUCUUCGUCUCUUUCACUCACUCCCUCGCCACUAGCAAUGAGAAGCCGUCUCUAAGUCAAACUCCAGCGUUGACGCCACCAACUCCGACGCCGGUCAUUUCACCGCCGCCUGUCAAGACCACUCCCGUCCCUCCUCCAGUUAAACCGACGCCGCCUUUCAGGCCGAUAUCUCCUCCUCCACCGGCGCUGGCCGCCAAGACGCCUCCCUCUCCACCGCCGGUUCCGGUAAAGACCCCAUCUCCUAUUCCCCCGUCGACUCCGCCGCCCGUCGAGACCCUCCCCCCAUCACCACAGGUCCCGGUGAAAGCACCGUCGGUUCCUCCACCGACAGGGAAAGUGCCUCCUACUCCGGCUGUCACUCCGACACCACCUUUCCGUCCGCCAAGAAACAUGGCAGAAUGCGGACCACCGUGUUUGGAGAGGUGCAAGCUCCACUCGCGGCCGAAUGUGUGCCAGAGAGCGUGCACGACGUGCUGCGUGCGGUGCAAAUGUGUGCCGCCGGGUCAGUCCGGCAACAAAGAGAUGUGCGGCAGCUGCUACACGAGCAUGACCACCCACGGCGGAAGGACCAAGUGCCCCUGAACCAUUAAUUACUCGCAUUCCGUAAUCCUUAAUGUUUCUCUUAAAGUAUGUUCCACUUAAAUUUGUUUCAGUUAAUUACUCUUUAAUUUUUGGAGGGACAACGACCCUUGCGUUCAAAUGUAUGCGAGUAAUAUAACCAAAUAUUGCUGUCGGACGUAAUAAGUUUAUUUAAUGGAUAUCUACCAAACUUUUGCAACC